CUUGUAGACUUCCACAAUGGAUGAGACCUCAGACGAGCCUCCCACUUCUGCCGUCCUCUUAGACAACUGCCACUUCUCCCAGGUCGUCUUUAACAAUGUGGAGAAGUUUUAUGUCCCCGGAGGAGACAUAACCUGUUAUUACACCCUCACGCAGAACAUCGUUCCUCGCGGGAAGGACUGGGUGGGCAUCUUCCGGGUGGGAUGGAAAACAACUCGGGAAUAUUACACAUUCAUGUGGGCUCCUCUGCCCAGUGACGCCCACAGUGAUGCGGCUGUGCAGCAACAGAUCCAGUUCAAAGCUUACUACCUACCGAAAGAUGAUGAAUACUACCAGUUCUGCUACGUCGACCAGGAUGGCGUGGUCCGGGGAGCCAGUGUGCCUUUCCAGUUCAGAGCAGAGAUUGAGGAUGAUAUCCUGGUGGUUACCACACAGGGAGAAGUGGAAGAGAUUGAACUACAAAACAAAAAUUUGCAUAAAGAAAAUGAGGAGCUGAAAGCAAGCUGUGCAAGUCUCCAGAAACAAAACAUCGAUCUGCAGGAAGAGCUCAACAAGACACAGGAGCUUCAGAAUAGUUUAGAGUCUCUGAGGAGCAACGCAGAGAAACUGGAGCUGGAGCUGAAUUCCCUGAAAAAGGAAAAUAAACAUCUAAAGGAACUGGAUGACUCCAAAGAGGCAGAACUACACCAACUCAAAGAGCAAAUUCAGAAUGUGACCUCUGACAAGGAACGCCUGGAAACCCGACUGAAAGCAGCCCUGGAUCACUUGGACCAGCUGCAGUCUCAAGUGUUGAAUUAUGAGAAAGAAGUGGAAAACCUGUCUCAUAUGGACCACGAUAAGACAGAGCAGCUUGAAAGCUUAAAGGAAGAGAAUCGCCAGUUACGCAUGACUAGAACUCAGCAGAAAGAGCAAAAUAAGGAGCCUGAACGUUGCAUGGAAUACCUGAAGGGGACGGAGGCCAAACUCUCACUUUGUCUGUCCCACUGUCUGCAGAAUGAGCAGCAACAGAACUGUGACUUAAUGAAAGAACUUGAGGAGCAGAAGCGUUUGUUUCAGAUUCUGCAGGCAAAAAAGAAUGAAGCUGAUGAGGAAAAUCGGAAACUUAGGGAAGAGAAUGAUGGACUCCUGAGGCAUCUCUCGCAGGCUAGAGAGGUUUCUUCCUUCUCUGUUGUUUCACAAGCUCAAGCUUCAAUUCCAGCUCGUGAAGCAGGAGGCCUUCUGUUUGGAAAUCCAUAUUGUGCUGCAGGAGCAAACCUGGGGGCACGAGCUGCAGGCGUAGCUUCUAUAAGGAAAUGCCCCAUGUGCGAUGAAGUAUUUCCUGAAGAUAUUGAAACAAGUCAGUAUGAGGCCCAUGUGCAGAGCCAUCUUCUGGAGUGUCCACUCUGCAGUGAAAGCUUUGAAAAGUCCAAUAAGCAGGUGUUUGAUGACCAUAUUUUUUGUCAUGGCCUGGAAUAA